UUUCGCUAGGCGAAGCUUGUAAAGGCUAGUAGUUGGAGACUGUUAGCGGCGAUUGUGCUUGGUCGCUGGCGCGGGCAUCAUGGCCCGUGUGUUGGUGCCCUGUCAUGUGAAAAGCACCGUAGCCCUGCAAGUGGGAGACAUGAGGACCUCCCAAGGUCGGCCUGGCGUGCUGGUCGUCGAUGUCACCUUUCCCAACGUCGCGCCUUUCGAGUUGCAGGAGAUCAUGUUUAAGAAUUACUACACCGCUUUCUUGAGCAUCCGUGUUCGUCAACAUACCCCACUGCACACACCAUCCAAGUGGGUAACUUGUCUGCGGGACUACUGUUUGAUGCCUGACCCACACAGUGAGGAGGGAGCCCAGGAGUAUGUAUCACUGUUCAAACACCAGAUGCUGUGUGACAUGACCAGAGUACUGGAGCUGCGUCUGAUUCUCCGGCAGCCGUCACCACUAUGGCUGUCUUUUACAGUGGAGGAAUUGCAAAUCUACCAGCAGGGACCAAAGAGCCCCUCCUUGACUUUCCCCAAGUGGCUUUCCCACCCGGUGUCCAAUGAGCAGCCUGUUCCCCGCCUUGAGGGUCUCCCAGAUCCCAGCAGAGUAUCCUCCGAGGUGCAGCAGAUGUGGGCACUGACAGAGAUGAUUCGGGCUAGUCACAGUUCCACAAGGAUCGGCCGCUUUGAUGUGGAUGGCUGCUAUGAUCUGAAUUUGCUCUCCUACACGUGAGCGGCAGAUUCUACUUGAGACAUUGGCCUUCUGUGCCCAUCCAGGACUGGUUUGGCCACCAGAGACUGAAGUGUGUUCCCUGCGCAUCCAUGUUCUAUCUGCGCCAAAGAAAUUCUUGACAUUCACCUAGCUGUUUGAGCAUGAAUUCCCAGUGUGUGGGGGUACUUUCCAUCUUUGUCUGACAUGCAAAUUUAGUCUCUUCCUCUCAACAUUUACAGGUUCUACUUAGAAUCCUUGAGUUCCUCCUGCCUAUCCUGCCAAUGCGCACAGCCUGUCUUCUACCAUUUUCCUUAUUAUUGAGAUAAACCUGUUCCCUAUAGCCUAGGAAGCCACUGCUGUUUUGACACUCAUGACCUGGGAAGCUCAAAGAAGAGAUGUCCCCUAUUUCUCUGCUUCUGCUGGUGGCCUUUUUCCUUUUGUAUUAUAUUCACAGAAAAGUAAAUGUUCUACAGCCCUGUAACCUCAGCACUUGUGAGUUCAAGGCCAGCCUGCUUUACACAAUGAAUUCCAGACUAGUGAGGACUACACAGUAAAACCUUGUCUUUGUGGCGUGGGGGAUGAAAAGAAAAAGAAAAUGUCCCCCUUUAAAUCUGUCUUUUGCCAGCCUAUACUAGCCUAGGAGGCAGAGCUGAGAUUUGGCUGCUGAAAUGUGUUGUCUAUCAGUUCUGGGCAGGUGCUUUUGGCACAGCUGGGGCCUGGCAAUGAGACCUCCAAUCUAUUUGUCCUCUGUCUCAGCAUGAAGCAUAUCUAUGAUCCUUCUCCCAGUUGCUUCUUGCCAGUCAUGCUCAGGGUGCAAACGAGGCUGCAGUCCUUGAUGGCCCCGGAGCAACCUGUAAAUGAUGAAGGCUGCUGCUCUUUCCUGGGCUAAAAUUUGGUUUCCUCCAGAUCUCCCUGACGUUGCCCCUGAGAACAUUUAUAAAGCAGUGCUGCAAGGUGUCCUGGACCUGUAAAAUUGAACAUGUGUAGGUGCAGCAGUUUUUGGGAAAGUCUAGCCACCUUUGGUAGCUGCCCUGUAUUCUUGCCAAUCAGCCUUCUUGAAGUUAGUGUUUUUACCUGCAAGAUCAUUGUUUAAACCCAUCCAGUUUUUGCUGAAAGGCUGAUCACCAUAGUCCUGUGUUCAGGGAGCAAUGGUCUUCAGUUUGCAUGAAUAGAGAGGAUUCGGGGUGGCAGGGAUCAUGCAUAAUUCAUAGCUGUAUUCCUAAGAUCCAGCCCUGGAACUAGUGUGCGGCAAGACAAAUAAAUACUUGUGGAAUACA